GCAUGGAUGGACUGCGCCACGCUCCGAACGAAUGACAAGUACCUGCCCCGCACACAGUGAAGUCGCAGCAGGGUCCGCGCGCAUCAGCGGUGGAUGGUCGUCGAUGUCAAACCGCACAAUGCUGACCCAACCCGACGUGAUGGACGAGCCCGCUUGCAGAUCACCGAUGUGCGUCCAGGACCCACUGUGGAGAACAUCACACGAGGAGUGUCCAACAUGCGGGCACACAACAAUGGCAACGACGACGACGCCGGUGACGGUGACCAUGCCAACGAAGGGUUCCGGGAGGACGCGGAUGCAUGGGACGUCGACGACGACAUUCAUAUUCGGCCUUUGGGGAAGACGGCUGGGAGGGGGAAAGGACGCAGCAGAGGUGUUGUUUGUGGUCGAUCCGUUGGCCGUAGCGGCAGAGGAGACAUAAGCGACGACGGCGGGAAGUCUGCGACGUACAGGUCUACGGACGACCAACUGCUCCUGGAGUGGAAGUGGGACGGCAUCGCCAAGCGGAUGGCAAAGGCGGGGAGGCCUAGAGACGCCGACGACUGCAUGAAGAAGUGGGAUAAUCUGUUCCAAAACUACAAGAAGAUACAAAGGUUUCAGAAUGCCAGUGGCGAGGCAGACUUCUUCAGGCUAUCAAAUGACGAAAGGAAGGAGAACAACUUCAAGUCUUGGAUGGACAGGGUGCUGUACAACGAGAUCCAUAGAGGCAUGUUGGGGAACCACACAAUUUUCCUUCCCAACGUCGCCGACACCGGCAGUUCGGACGGGGUGCAGCUGCCCAGGCAAGGAGCGGCUGGUGGGGAGUCUGUUGGUAGUGAGGCCGGCGGUGAUGGCUGCCCUGAAGAACGUUCUUCGGCGAGGGACUCCGACAACAAAGUAGGCAGUGGGGGUGCAGGCGGGAAGCGGAAGAACGCACGUCAACAGGCGUUGGAGUCGAUCGCUUAUGUCAUGGACCACCAUGGCGAACUGAUGUCGUCGACGAUCGAUUCCUCUAGCAAGCGACAAUGCAGCAUUUUGACGAGGCAAUACGAUGAUGCCACCUGCGCUGACAACGACGAUGAUGCUACUGCCGCUAAUGCUGAUGCUGAUGCUGCUGCUGCUGAUGCUGAUGCUGAUGUUGCUGAUGAUGAUGAUGAUGAUGAUGACGAUGAUGAUGAUGAUUAUGAUGGUGAUCAUGAUGAUGAUGAUGAUGGUGAUGAUGGUGGUGAUGAUGAUGAUGAUGAUGAUGCYGAUGAUGAUGAUGAUGAUGAUGAUGAUGAUGAUGAUGAUGAUGAUGAUGAUGAUGAUGAAGACGAUGAUGAUGAUGAUGAUGAUGACGAUGAUGAUGAUGAUGAUGGUCAUCGCGAGAACGAUGGUGAAGCUAACCGCCAUAAUCAUGACGAUGAUGACGAAGAUGAUGACGCAGUAGUCGAUCCAUGAUGGCGUCGUUCACGUGGCGACGAUACCGCCACUGGCAGAGGCCGUGCUCUCGCCUGCCAUCACUUUGCA